AUGGCGACGGACGAUGAGAAAGUACCUAAUCAUGCCUCUCAGCCUCGUCCAUCGCAGGACAGCUCUGAAGAAUCAGUGUCUUUGUUGAGCAAGGAGAGUCCGGGUGUCAAACGCAUUGAACUCAUUUCCUCGCACAUCCAUCUAACCGACCGCAUCUUCUUGUUCUCCGGCGUAUUCCUCAUUGCUUAUGUCUAUGGCUUGGAUAACCAGGUUCGGCAGACAUAUCAGCCUCUGGCCACAGCCGAAUACCAACAACACAGUCUGAUCUCGACAAUCAAUGUCUUACGCGCUGUGAUCGCAGCAGCAGCACAACCUACUGCCGCGAAAAUUGCCGAUGUUUUCGGAAGAGUCGAAGUGAUCCUCCUCUCGAUCGUGUUCUACACAGUUGGGACCAUUGUGGAAGCUUGCGCGGAUAAUGUGGAGACAUUUGUUGCCGGUGGUGUGAUAUUUCAGGUCGGUUAUACUGCAAUUGUCUUGCUGUUUCAGGUCUUGAUCGCCGAUAUCACCUCUCUCCAAUCCCGUUUGCUUUUUUCCUAUAUUCCGGCGGCACCAUUUAUAAUCAAUACGUGGAUCAGUGGUAAUGUCACUUCCUCCGUCCUGCAGGUCACUACUUGGCGAUGGGGAAUCGGGAUGUUCGCAAUAGUCUAUCCAGUGUGUACACUUACGUUGCUCAUUCCACUCUACAUAGUACAGAGGAGGGCCAAAAAGAAGGGCGCCUUUGCGGCAUACCAGAGCCCUCUCCGUCUACUUGGAGCUCGCCAGCUUGUUACAGAAUCUUUUUGGUAUCUCGAUGUGGGCGGAAUCCUACUUCUGAUUGCCUUCUUGGCUUUGAUAUUGACACCAUUUACCAUUGCGCAUGGGGCUCAGUCGCAAUGGAAAACCGCCAAAAUCAUCGCGCCGCUCGUAGUCGGCGUCUGUUGCAUUCCAGCAUGGAUCAUUUGGGAACGCAAAUGCAAGCACCCAAUGGUACCAUUCAAGCUGCUGAAAGACCGGGCCGUCUGGGGUGCGUUGGGAAUUGCUAUCAUGCUGAACACUGCGUGGGGACUUCAGGGUAAUUAUCUAUAUACCGUCCUUGUUGUCAGCUUCGAUGAAUCGAUUACCUCUGCAACCAGAAUUAUCUCUCUGUACAGCUUUGCAUCAGUCAUCACUGGUUGUGUACUCGGAUUCGUGAUCCUAAAAGUUCGAAGACUCAAAGUGUUUAUCGUUGCAGGGACUUUGCUUUUCAGCGUCGCCUUUGGCAUCCUCAUAUAUUUCCGUGGAGGGUCAGGAGGAUCCAGUCAUUCGGGCGUUAUUGGUGGGCAAGUAUUGCUAGGUAUUGCUGGAGGUUUAUUCCCGUACUCAGCCCAGGCCAGUAUUCAGGCGGCUACUAAGCACGAACAUCUUGCCGUGGUGACUGGUCUCUUUUUGGCCUGCUACAACGUUGGAAGCGCACUUGGCGAUACUAUCGCGGGCGCAAUAUGGACUCAAGUCCUUCCUGGGGAACUUAGCAAUAAGCUCGAUGACCCUGCACUCGUUCAGCAGGCAUACGGGGAUCCGUUCACCUUUGUGUCUACCCAUGCCAUGGGGACCCCUGUCAGGCAGGCCGUCGUCGACUCUUAUAAAUAUGUCCAGCGGCUACUCUGCAUCACAGGUAUCUGUUUGACAGUGCCCUUGAUUGUCUUUGCUUUUUGCAUGAAGAACCCGAAGUUGACCAACGAACAAAGCUAUGCUGAUUCAGAAGAAAGCGAGGAGUCUCCUUGA